GUUUCAGAAAAUAGCUUUUUAGCUAAAUGGAUUUAACAGGAAAGAAGUGCUCCUUCGUUUUAAUUACUACAUUCUUUAGCCUUCUACAUCCAUCGUUAUCCAAUCUCAACAGCAUCAAUGCUACUACUACGAUAGAAAGGAUUCAUGUCGGGGUGAUUCUUGAUAUGCAAUCCUGGGUGGGAAAAAUUGUUGAUAGCUGCAUUUCCAUGGCUAUAUCUGAUUUUUACAGUCUAAAUAGUCUCUAUGAGACAAGACUAGUUCUGCACACCAGAGAUUCUGAGGGUGAUCCGUUGCUUGUUCUAUCCCAAGCCUUGGUUCUCUUGGAAAAUGUCAAAUUGCAGGCCAUUAUUAUUGCAGAAAAUUUAGAUGGAGUGAAGAUUUUAGCAGAGAUAGGAUCCAGAGCGAAAAUUCCAAUUAUUUCUCUCUUUGCAGCUGGGCCACCCCUGUCGUUUUCUGAGUAUCCUUAUUUAAUUAAAAUUGGUCAAGAUGAAUCCUCUCAAGCCAAAGGCAUUGUUACCAUUUUUGAAGCUUUCAGUUGGAAAAAUAUAAUCCUCAUUUAUGAAGAUAAUGAUUCUGCAAGAGGAAUCCUUUGUAAAGUGAUCACUUCCCUUGAAGGAACCGAUGUUCGUCUUGCCCAGCAUAUUGCAAUUUUAGCAUCAACUACCGAUGAAGAAAUCAUUGAGCAGCUCAAGAAGCUCAUGAGUUUGCAGACAACUGUAUAUGUGGUGCACAUGUCACCCUCUCUUGCAUCUCGCCUUUUCUUAAAUGCCAAACAGCUUGGAAUGAUAAGCCAAGGGUAUGCUUGGAUUACAACUGAUAUGAUUAUGAAUUUCUUGCAUUCAAUGGAACCAUCAGUCAUUGAGUCAAUGCAAGGGGUGGUGGGUUUCAAGCCUUAUAUUCCAGCAUCAAAGGCACUUCACAAAUUCACUUUAAGAUGGAGGAGCAAAAAUUUUGUUGAAACUCAAAAUUUACAGGAAAUGGAACUAAAUAUCUAUGGUAUAUGGAACUAUGAUAUGGUUUGGGCUCUGGCAACAGCAGCAGAGAGGGUAAAGACUGGGCAUGCUGAUAUCAUACACCAAGAAACCAGAUUGAAUAUGAACUUCACUGCCAUCCUUUCCUCACAAAGUGUUUCGGUAUUUAUUAAUGAGAUACUACAGAGUAGAUUCAAGGGUAUGAGUGGUGGCUUUCAACUUACUAAUGGCAGACUGGUCCCAAAGGAAUUUGAGAUAGUAAAUGUAUUCAAGGGAGAAAGAAUAGUUGGUUACUGGACUCCAGAAAAUGGAAUUACCCCAAUAACGAAGCAAGACAACCGCGAUGAGUUAAAUUCGACAUCAUCUAGUAAACUUGAAAUUGUUAUUUGGCUGGGAGGAAGGAAGAGCAUUCCAAAAGGUUGGUCUUUAUAUGGUAAGAGGUUGAGGAUUGGGGUUCCGAUGAACGAUGAAUUCAGCGAAUUAAUUAAUGUGAUUGUUGAUCCCCAAACAAAUGAAACAACUGUAAGUGAUUUCUGUUCAGAGGUGUUUAAGGCAGCCAUUGAAACCUUAGAUUAUGAAGUAAACUAUGAGUUUAUCCCAUUUGUAAAUGCUAGGGGACAAAUGGUUGGAUCUUACAAUGAUCUUAUCCGUCAGGUUUGUCUCAAGGUAAGAAUGCCUUUCUAGAAAA